GGGGCAGGCCGGGGCCGCGCGGCCCACGGGAUCGCCGCCAGCUCUGGACCACCGGCCCUUUCCGCGAGGCGGAGAGGCCGGAGGGAGGGAGUGGGGGAAGCCGGGGCGGGCGUGGGGGCCAAUCUACGGGGCUCUGCAACCCUCGUUAGCGGCCUGGAGAGACCCCGCCCGCCCACGCCCUUCCCCAGCCUCAGUUUCCCCUGUGAGAUGCAGCAAGGGCGAUGGCGUCUUCGUCUCCUGGAUUAGCCCGAAGCGGAGAGGUGCCCGGAGUCUGGCUCUCUGCCUCUCCUUGAGGGCUCGCCAUCCCGCCCCCGGGGCGGGUUGGGGGCGCGGGGAUGGGCGCGGUGGCGAGCGAGCUCGGGGAGGACCAGCUGGACCUCAGGGGCGGGCCCGUGGGGAACGUCCGCCCUCGGGUCUGGUCUCCGCCUACCCCUAGGAGUCCACCUCUCUUCCCCCUCGGCUUCCUGCCAUCUUUAAUGAUCUCCUGUCACGGUCCCUGCGCUUCUGCCCCCUCCCCCUCCAGCCGGAACUCAUUUCCCGACCUACAUAAGCGCGCCCCAUCCCCCUGAGGAUACCCGGCAGCCGCGGUCAUUCUCGGACCGGAGCGCUGAGAACACCUGGCCUUCGCCAGGGCUCCCCCACCCCCAUUCGCUGGGCCUGUUUCCCCGGUGUCAAGUGGGGUUAAAACCUGAAAGGGUUGCGGACGCUGGAACCUGUGCACAGGCUCCCCUUUUCCUCUGGGGAAGGACCGAACGCACGCCCUGCGUCCUCAGAGCUGCGGGUCAUCCCGGCCCGGACUCUGCUGCUUGAGAUCCCAGAGUGCAGUCUCCGGUCCUUCCCGCUGGGAGGAGCUGGCGUUAGGGAAGGCGAUCAGGUGCAGUGUCCAGGCAGUCGCUUUCCCGAGGCUGAGCGCCCCUCCCCCGGCCUCAGUUUACCCCUAGCAUGAAGCAAACGUGGAGGCUGGCCUGCUCGGCCAGAGAAGCUGCUCGCGGAGGCGCAGGGCCCCGCGCUGGGCACUGGCGGGGAGGCGGCUGCAGCAGCCAUCUUGCCGCCCAGGACCGGCUCAAGCCGCCCUGCAGGAGGCCUCCCUCCCCCGCGCCCCCUCCUCUCCUCAGUGCGCCCUGGCAACCCCCCCCCCCCGCCCGCUCGGCCCGCUCGGCCCGCUCGCUCAGUCUCCAUGGGAACCAGAUUCUUCAGGGCUGGGAACAGAUGCGCCUUCUUUGGCCUUUUUGCUCCCACUAGCACUGGGUGGAGGGGGACAGCUACCUCCUGGCGUCGUGACUUGGUAGUCACUGAGCUCAGUCCCUCCGCCCCCCUCCACGAUCCUGGUACCACUGCCCAUAGGACCAGUCUUAUGGGGCUGCGGCAGCCCCCUCCUCUCCCCUGAUGCAGCUAGGAGGGCCCCUGAGGUCUCACGGUAGUGAACAGACAUCCUCAGUGUCCCCAUUUCUCCUAGGAGUGCUUCCACUUUUCUGGGCAGGGUUUCCGGCCAGCUGCUACCUUGCUGGGCCGGCCCCACCGGCCGGGGAGGUGGUGGAGAGAAUACACCGCCCCCAUUUUAAACUCGGGGAAACGGAGGUCCCGGCCUUCACCUAAGCGGGGUGGGGGCUGCCUCGGGGCUCUUCUCCACCUCUCCGUGAGUCACUGCCCCAGGUGGACUCCUACUCCCACUCCGUGGGAGCUAGGAGGGGGAGGGGACAGAGGAGCCGGUCUGAGCAGGCCCUGCCCCCCCAGGCCCCUCCUCCUAGCUUCAAAAUGCAGCCCACGCCCACCAUGGCCACUGCCGCCAGCACCGCUGCCACGGUUGCCCUGACCUCGAGGUGGGACAACGCCACCGGCAGCCCCACCGCGGAGCCUGACCCCAUCCUGGACAACUCCGUGCUGCUGGUGGUGGUCAUGUCGCUCUUCAUUGGUGGCACGCUAGUGGUGCUGUCCGGCGUGCUGCUCCUGUGCAAGCGCUGCUGGGAGGCCCGCCGGCGCUUCAACAGAGCCACCGAGGAAGCAGAGAAGACCACCACCACCUACCUGGACAAUGGCGCUCACCCAGCCCAAGACUGGGCGCAGCUCGAUUCCGACUCAUCUCUGUUUUCCUUAGGAGCCCGCGCGUAGGUGCUCACAGGCGCGUGCUGAGCGAGUGAGUGUGUGAGCGGAUGUGUGAGUGCCCACCCCGCCCCCCGCCCUGUCCCAGCCC